AUGUCUAAGAACUUACCACUUAUCUCCGCAACGGAGGUGCAGAAGCACAACAAAGAAAAAGACGCCUACGUAACUCUCUUUAACAGAAAGGUGUAUAACAUCACAUCGUUUAUCGAUGAGCAUCCAGGUGGAGGCGAUAUAAUAUUACCAUAUUUGGGUAAGGAUAUAACCGAAAUUAUGGCAGAUGAGAUCUCUCAUGAACACUCUGAAAGUGCCUACGAGAUGCUUGACGACGACAUGCUUGUUGGAUACUUAGCUACCGAUGAAGAAGAAAGAGAGUUACUUAAUAACAAGAAGGGAACUCCAGUGGAAGUGAAAUUAACCAAGGAGGCCGAGGAAGUAGACCUCUACGAAUUCCACAGCGAAUUGCCCCCAGAAGAAAGUUUGUCUGUUCAAACCGAUUUCGAAGCUGACGCCAAGAAGCACAAGUUCUUGGACUUGAACAAACCGUUAUUGUUGCAGGUGUACUUCGGUGGGUUCUCCAAGGAUUUCUACUUGGAUCAGGUCCACAGACCUAGACAUUACGGGAAGGGGUCUGCUCCAUUGUUCGGAAACUUUCUUGAAGGAUUAUCAUUAACCCCAUGGUGGGUUGUUCCAAUAGUGUGGUUGCCUCCUAAUAUGUACUUCUUCUACCUUGGAUGGAGUGGACAGUCUCACCUCACAGCCUUGAGUUUGUGGGUGUGUGGACUUUUCGUGUGGACAUUGGUUGAAUACUGCUUGCACAGAUUCCUUUUCCACUUGGAUGGAUACUUGCCAGACCACCCUGCUGCAUUAACCUUGCAUUUCUUACUUCAUGGUAUUCACCAUUACUUGCCAAUGGACGGGAAGAGAUUGGUGUUACCCCCAACUUUGUUUUGCGUGUUGGCUUAUCCAUUCUACAAGCUUGUCUUUGCAAUCUUCCCAUACUACAUGGCCUGCUCAGGAUUUGCUGGUGGUACUCUCGGGUACAUCAUGUAUGAUUGUAGUCAUUACUUCUUACACCAUUCCAAGUUACCUCUGUACUUGCAGAGAAUCAAGAAGGUCCACUUGGAACAUCACUACAAGAACUAUGAGCUUGGGUUUGGUGUAACUUCCGAUUUCUGGGACGUUAUCUUUGGUACUGAAAUCGUAAAGACUUUUGAAAAGAGAAAUUAG